AGCUGAGUAAGGACACAUCUGUGGGUAUUCUAAAGGAUUGAGCAGAAGAGGAGGCAAUUCGAGCGGGGUGAGAAAGAUCUCAAAACACAUUGAACCUGAAAGAGUGUGUAAAAAGAGAGGACACAGUUCUUCUUGACCUACAGAUCUGUUAAGAUGACGCACGAGAAGAGGUUUCAAGGCAUUCCCAUGUCAAAGUCAAUGAGAGGUUUGUGUAAAGAGGAGGACUAUGCAUUUCUGAGAACAUCGGAAAGGACAGAAGGAGCGGCGGCUUUAGGGAACGACUGGAGGGACAGGAAAGAAGAGAGGGUCCGCAGGCGAUUAGAGCAGGAGCAGCAGGAAAAAAAACGACUCAGAGAGAUAGAGGAGAGCAAGAAGGAGAAAGAGCAGCAGUGGCGCACUCAUGUAGCAGAGCUUACCUCCAGCCAGCAGAAGACUAUGCAAGACAGACUGGCAAGGCUGCGCAGAUUCAGGGAGUUCCAGAAGAAGGUGAUGGAAGAGGAGUCUGGAGAGGAGGGUGCACCAAGCAGCCAGGCAGUCAAUCAACUCUUCACCAGGAUGUAGAUGCAUUAAAGGAUAAUCAAGAAGAAGGC